AUGGGUUCACGGAGACGAGGCGUACGGGAAGGAAUUCCUAAUGUUAACUACGAGAGGGAACAGGAGACGUUUAUGACUACCAUGAACGCUGUGGCUGAGGUAGUGCGUGAGGCUGCAGUAGCAGCGGCUAGGGUUGUUGAUCGUCUUGGAGUGAGAAACAGGAAUGAGAAUAAGCAUGGGGAAGAUAGUGGAAAUAAUGAGAAUAACUUAGGGCAUCUCGAAAGACCUAUGACCCUUGCGACUUUUCUGAAGCAUGUUCCGGAAGGCCAACACGUGGAGUUCGCUACUUAUAUGCUGGAAGGAGAAGCUGAGCAUUGGUGGCAGGGGAUACAGCGACUGUUGCAACAAGAUGAAGGCGAUAUUCCUUGGAAUACUUUUAAGGACGAAUUUUAUAAGAAGUAUUUUCCGAGGGCAGCUCAAUAUGCCCGUAAGUUUGAUGACUUGUGCUGUUUCUCCAAGAUCUGCCAAGGGAAUCAUACUGACUUUGAAGAAUGGAAGUGUUUGAAGUUCGAAGGGGGCCUUCGUGAGGAUCUGAUGAGUUUAGUAGUCCCAUUGGAGAUACGAAUUUUUGCUGAGCUGGUUAAUAAGUGCAAGUUAGUGGAAGAAUGUGCUAAGAAGGUAAUUGCCUCUAAAGCAAGUCGUCAAGGAUUUCCACCAAGGAACUAUAGUUACAAUUGGCAACCACGAAAGACAAACUUCAAGACCCCUGGUGUGCCACAGCGAAGGAACCCACAAGCUGGUAACGCUCCUGCUCGCCCUACGGGUGGAAACGGAGGUAGACCAAGGCAGGAUAAUGGUAAACGACCUCAACAGGCACAAGUGAAUAUCGCAUGUAGGCAGUGUGGAAAGGAUCAUGGUACCAGGCCUUGCCAAAUCAGAACAUUUACUUGUUACAAUUGUGGGGAACCGGGACACUUGGCGAGGAGUUGCCCAAAAGGACUUUCUCAAAAUCCAAUACGAACCCAGCAACAAGGUCGAGUGUUUGCCAUGACUGCUGAUGAUGCUAUGCAAUCAGACGCCCUGAUCCAAGGUCAGUGUAUUGUCAAAGAUCGAUUUCUAAUUGUACUGUAUGACUCGGGUGCAUCGCAUUCCUUUGUUUCUUUAACUGUUGCUCGUGAGUUGGGACUAGAUUUCUUUGAGUUGAACUUUGAUCUAAUUGUCCAUACACCUGCGUCCCAAAAUGCUUUGACUGGUUUAGUGUGCCUGCAAGUACCGUUCACUAUUAGGAACAUAACUUUUAUACAUGAUCUAAUCUGUUUGCCUCUAUGUGGUUUAGAAGUUAUUCUAGGAUUAGAUUUGUUGUCCAAGUAUCAUGUUUUCCUUGAUUUCUUUGAAAGAACUGCUGUUAUUCCGUCUGAUAGUUUAGAUAUUAAACCAUUUCUUUCUCAUACUUUAUAUCUGAAUUCUGUAAGAGUUGCAUUAGACGGGAGUGAUUGUGAGGGGUACGUUCUGUUAGCGGCUAGCUCGAAUGAUAGUGAACUAAGCCUAGAACAAAUCCAAGUGGUAAAGGAAUUUCCUGAUGUUUUCCCGGACGACAUACCUGAGUUUCCUCCUCAGCGAGAGAUAGAAUUUAGCAUUGAACUUGUACUUGGAACUAGACCGAUUUCCAUAGCACCGUACCGGAUGUCACCGUUGGAACUUGCAGAGUUGAAGAAGCAGUUGGAUGAGCUACUUGGAAAGAAAUUUAUUCGUCCCAGCGCAUCACCUUAG